UAACAUACAUACAGAUAAACUCCAAGUGUCCAGUUGCCAAAUGACAUAUAAAUAAACAGUAUGUUUAACACUGGCUUUGAAUGCUCUAUUCAGCCUGUGACUGACUUAGCUCCCUUCCCUAUCAUAUACAAAGGUUAUCCUCCUAUAUAAACGUUAUAUGUACGUCAAUCGGCAACUUUGCCUCGUUCAGUUGAUCUCGAUCCCUCUUAAGGAACAAUUUUGAAGCUAAUCCAGCUUGUACUACUGUCCAAGGUUGAUAAAGCACUCCAGCUUGAAGUGAUUCGUGCAAACAAGUAGGUUUUUACUCAUGCUUUCUGGGAGAUUUCCACUAUAAAUAAAAUAAACCCACUCCUGUCUCUUCCGAAGUUAGGACUCUGUGCAGCGACUACAUUGCAUGUUGCAUGUUGUCCACGAAUUUAAGCCAUGGCAGCGGGUGGAAUUGUGUAGAUUAAAGGGAGUUAAUAUUAUAAAAAGAUCCUGUUUUUACGUCACAACAGGAGCGAAAAUCUGAAAGGCUCGAUUUCUCACAUGCUUGCAGGGAAUGGAACUCCAAAACAAACUGACCGGGAUCUUGUUUUUCACGUUUUCUGGGUUGCACCGGGGAGCCGAUUAGAUCACUUAAACACAGAAAAAAAUGAUCCGACGACUCCUUUAAAUGAUAACUAAGCAAAGUUGAGAACGCUGUCAUUCAUCCGAUGCCGUAGAUGGCGCUCAAUCCCCAAACACAGAACAAAUAGACAUGUUUGUCUCUGUAUUGUCCUUGACGUCAUGUUAUGAUUAGUUGACCGAAGUCGAAAGUUUCUGCGUAAACGGGGUUUUACAGUAAUUAUGUAAGUCAGGUCAACAAUGAACACAGCGUUGAAACACUGGCGAGAGGCCGCGACGGUGAUCGUGACGGCCGGGAUGAGACACGCUCAGAGUGCGGAGUGUCUGAGAGCUGCUGUGGAUAAAGUCACUGCUCCGUCCUGUGUACCGCACACAUCCGCGUUUGACUACGAAGUCCUGCUGCUGAAACGAAGCGGUAAGAGCGGCUUCAUGCCCAACGCAUAUGUGUUUCCCGGGGGUCUGGUGGAUGCGUCCGACUUCUCGAGCGAGUGGCAGGACAUCUUUAAAUCCUUCCUUAAAGCGCCCAACUACGGCGUUGGAGUCGUGAAACAGCCACAGGAGACCAGGCCACCUAUUUUCGCCACUGACAGAGUUAAACUGGGGUCUCCCAUCCCGGGAGAUGUCGCAUUCAGAAUUUGUGCCGUGAGAGAGACCUUCGAGGAGUCUGGGGUGCUCCUGGUCGUUCCCAAACGCGAGGAAAGCAGUAUUUAUUUACACACGGGUAACGUUAAUGCACAUGACACCCAACCGGCCAUCACCAGAUUGAUCUUACCGUGGGACAAAGACGUGCUGUCUAAGUGGAGAUCUUUAGUUAUCAAUAACCCUGCUAAUUUUAUUAAUAUGUGCAAAGAGCUCCAGUGUCUUCCUAACAUCUGGGCUCUGCACGAGUGGGGGAACUGGUUGACUCCCACAGGUGUGUACAGCAAACACAGGAGAUACGAUACUGCCUUUUACAUCUGUUGUUUGCAGGAGACUCCGUAUACUCUUCAAGACGAGAAGGAGAUAAUUCACUUUAAGUGGUCCACUCCCUCUGAAGUGCUGCAUCGCUAUAAAUCAAGGGAAUUAUGGAUAGCGCCACCACAGCUCUAUGACCUCGGACGAAUGUGCCGCUUUCCUGCGCUCAUGGAGCUGCAUCACUUUGCCUGUCAGAGGUCUCUGGAGGGCUGUGAGCAAUGGCUGCCUAUUAACCUCAUUUCUGAUAACUACAUCAUAUCUAUUUUGCCAGGUGAUGAUCUGUACCUAGAGAACGUGGACUGUUCUGGAAAGCGUGACGGGCCAUUGAUAACUGACAAGAGUCUCAAGGAGCUCCAGAGCUCCAGUUCAGACCUUCACCGCUUCAUCAGUCAGGAUCUAUACACAGUAUCUCUCAACGUGAACAUCAGCCCCAAGUAUAACCAUCUGCAGCCUCUGAGCAUUCAAGCUGUGGAUGGUGACUUCAAAACCAGCAGUAAACUCUGACAUUCACCUAUCUUAACAUGCUGAAACAAUGGAAAGAAUAAAAAAAGAAUCUGUAUUGAUUUUAUACAUUUCUCUUAAAGGCAAACAGAUGUGGCCCUUGACCUACACAAUGCAGUUUUAAUUUUGCUUUAAUACUUGUGUUCAAUCCAAUUUGAUAGAGCAUUUGAGAAAAGUGCAAUGGUCAAAGGUUCCAUCUCCAGCUAACAAACAUACUUCUAAAGCUUUCCUGUAGCUCAGUGGUAAGAGCAUGGUUGUGGGUUUGAUCCCAGGGGAUCACAUACCUAUGUAUAGAAUAUUGCAAUGCAAGUCGCUUUGGAUAAAAGUGUCUAUCAAAUGCAUAAAUGUAAAUAAAGGACAGGUACACAUUGAUAAAUUAAAGAUUGGAUAAAUGUGUAUCUGUAAAAUACACAGUGUCCUAAAUUAAAGUAAAACUAAAUAACAUUCAUUUUGCGUUUAUUUCAACAUGACUAUGUAUAGAAAAUAUCACUCAGCAUCAAAGGUCUAAUUCAUAGUGGUUUACAGUAAAUGAAGACACAAAGCAUGGCAAAAACUUUGAAGUCAUUUUUGUGACCAGUUUUAAAGGUAAUGCAAUAUAGGCACAAUAACUGACACCGUGUAUAAUAUCAGUGUUAAGGUAAGAUGCAAUGUUCCUAAAUGACAGGUCAUUAUUUAUUUUUAAUACUAAAACGUGAUAACCGAGGCAUACAGUGCAAGUUAUAUAAAAGGUAGAACUAUAGCCCAAACAAAUUUGAUACUUAUGUGCUUUUUAGAUUAUAGCCCAUAUAAAGUCUUGACAAAUGGCACUGCUGGAGGAUCAUACAUCACAAAACGUUGUAAAAAUGUAUAUCUUUAUCAAGAACUGUGGACAAAUGAAGUGACUAUCAAAAAAAAAAAAAUUGCUCAUUUGAACCCAACAAUUGUUAUGUAUGGUAUUAUUUCUUUAUUAAAAAGGAGUUCAGACACAAUGUGUGUGAAUGUUUUCAAACAGUUUAAUACAUAUACGAAAGUAGCAGUUAACUGCUUUGAGUUUCCACUGUGCUAUAUUUCUGUAGAGACAGUAGCGUGAAAAAUCCUUAACCAAACUCAUACAACACACUUGAUUUAGACACCUAAGAAAUUCAGCACUCUCUACACUUUCCAUGAAAACCACACAACUGAAAUGACAAAAAACUAAAAUUUUAAUUUAAAGGCUGUUUUGUGGACUAUUUGUUUUGGUUGAUGUUUGGUCAUGUGUUACAGUCUACAUGCUCUACCUAACGGGAUUUACAUUGUGAAACAGAAGUUCUGAAGUAGAAAAAAGAAAAAUCUGUACAAAUCUUAAAUGUUAAAUACAAUCACUCUGUACCAAUAAUGACAAACAUCCCACAGGAAAUCUGAGAACAAAACAGCAGCUUAAAAUUCUAGAUAGAAAACAUCAACCACCUCAAUCCCAAUUAGAAGUCUGUCUGCAUAAAAUAAAAUAAAGGGGGUGAAGAAUCCUAAAUGUAGCUCUUCUUCAUUAAUGGAAACAUGGAUAUUAGAAGGCUGCCCCCUCAGCUGCAGUUGAGCGCUAUAACCCAGUCCACAACUUUUGAUCACAACAAACACAAAUGUCAAAUGAUAAACAAAAGAACAAAAGUGUAAAACAGAUGUAUGAUUGUAACAAAUGCUCAACCAAACAAUACAUCUUAAAAUAAUAAGUUCACUGUUGUAGGCAUGAUCACUUAUUUCAUGUGAUGACUCGAAAACCUCUUUAAUUUUAAGAACACAUUUUAAAUUUGCCCACUUUAAACCAAAACACACUGUCAUGUCUUUCUCUGAACGUAGAACAUGUCAUAAUAGCAUGACGUGAAACAUACCGAUAAUGUAACCAACAUCAACAUGCAAAACUUUUGGCACCACUUUAUUCAUCUGAACUUUUUUUAAACAAAACUAAAUCACAUUUUGCUGAGGAUUUCAGUGCACUUACAAAAAACAUGCAUGCUUAAUAUUCACCUGCGACAAGAAAUUCAACUCUGCUUAGUCUAUGCAUUUUAUUUCAGACUAAUCCUGAUUUUCACACAAUAAGGAAAUAAAAAACAUGUGCCUGUAUUGGGUCGACACACAAAGAAAAAAGGCAAUUCAAGUGUCUAUUGUAUGUCACUCUGUUAAUAAAAACUCCCAAAAUUACAUCAUGCCAACUAACCUAACACAAAAUUACAAAGCUUAUCCUCGAUUUCAGCAAAAUGUGACGAAAACAUCCUCUAAAAAGGUUUAGAACUAACAAGUGAGAGAAAGAGGGAAACACACCCACACUUGAACACACAACAGUGAUUCUAUAAACUGAAUGGCUGCUUUGAGAAAACAAAAAUCAAAAAGGAGUACAAUUUGAGGCGUUAGGAAGACUGCUUUAAAACAAUAAAAAAUUGAUCAAGAAAACAAAUUAAACAAGGAAAAUUAAAAGCUUCUGCAAAAAUCUAGUGGUUAUGUUUGUACGUUCUAGAAAAAUAGACUCUUUGCUCUGAACGAUUUUCAUGAAACUUUUUACACGCAAGCAGUCUUUCUAACGCUCCCUAUUGGCAGCACAAAUGACAGAAAUGAACAUCACACAAAGGAAAAAACAAAGUAAUCAACAGCGUCAAAAGUUAACAAAAAAGGUCAAGUGUGAAAUUUCAAGCGCCAGAGAAGCGAAGAGGACAACGGACUGGACGAUGAACUUUUGACGUCACAUCAACAUGCUAGGCAAACGAUGACAAACGGGCACGAAGAUAUC